AGAGUACCCGAGCGCCGGCGCGGAGGAGGACUGAGUCGUCCUUCUCGCUCUCUCUCUGCCCGGAGUCCAGCUGCAGAGCUCCGCGAUGAGGCGACGGGAAAUGCUGGCCGCGUGUCUGCUGUGCUGGAGCUGCGGCGUGUGCGUGGUCACGGCCAUCCGGAGGGAUGAGAUGUUCCCCUACGGAUCCCUGAGCGGGGACUUCAUCCUGGCAGAGGGCGACGAUGAAACCUCCAGAGUGCUGUCCCUGCCCAGACCCCUCUACUUCUACGACUCGCACUUCUCCCAGCUGUAUGUGGCCACCAAUGGGAUCGUUUCAGCCCAGGACCUGCCGAUGGAGAAGCAGUACGUCGACGACAGCUUCCCCACAGACUUCCCCGUGGUGGCUCCGUUCCUGGCCGACAUCGACACCAGCGGCGGGCGAGGGCAGAUUUACUACCGGGUGACCGAGACCCCCACCAUACUCAACAGAGUGGCCCAGGAAGUCCAUCGUGGGUUCCCAGACGCUAAAUUCACCCCCACGCACGCUGUGGUGGCGACGUGGGAGAACGUUGCCGCAUACGAGGACCGCACUCGUACCACUAGACCUGUAAACAAGGUCAACACCUUCCAGGCCGUCAUCGGUUACGACGAGACCGACUCCUACGUCCUGUUCCUCUACCCUGAAGACGGCCUCAACUUCUUUGGGACAAGACCCAAAGAGUCUUAUAAUGUUGAGAUAGAGCUCCCUGCUCGAGUUGGCUUCAGCAGAGGCGAAGUCACGAAUUUACUGUUCUUCCGCAUCGAGGGGCCUUUCUACAGUGUGACAAGCGAUGAGCAGAGUGUUAAAAACCUUUAUCAGGUUGGUAAUACAGGAAUUCCAGGUGUCUGGCUUUUCCACACUGGGAACCGUUAUAACUUUGACAACAUUGUUCCGGCGUCCAUUGGCGGCCUCGUUGCUGUUCCACCAUCCAGAGGACCCGACUUUGCUGCGGGCACCACCACCUCUGAGUACACGGACUUUGAAUAUCCUGACAACCAAGAAGAAGGCUAUUACUCAGUGACAGAGCGGGGACCUGAAUUCCAGCCAUCCCAUGCCGGUGGCGAACACUCAGAGUCCCUGCAGCCACAACGUUCUGAUACUCGCCCGUCUCCCCCCGAGGAUUCCGACCACCAGGUUUCAUACAACAUUGAGGAUGCCCCGCUGACCUCGGAGCCUGGGUACUCUUCAGAACUAGCAGGGAGGCAGUAUGCGCCGCCUAAUCCUCAAGAGACUGAAGAACAGCAACCACAGGUUCCUCUGGAGGUCGUGGACGUGUACCCCUCGCACGGAAACGAGCCGCGUCUGUCCCCCGGCGGCCACGUGGUCAGCGUGGUGGAGGAAGAUGUUGACUUUGACACAGGAGUGAUUCAUUACACUACAGAGAAAGAAACAUGUUCCAGAUUCCAGCAGCAGUGCUCCCAGAAUGCCUUCUGCUCCGACUACGCCACGGGCUUCUGUUGCCACUGUCAACCAAGCUUCUAUGGCAACGGACGCCACUGUUUGCCAGAUGGCGCUCCCCAGCGCGUCACAGGUAAAGUGAGCGGCACUGUGUCUGUGGGCUCGACUCCCGUGCAUCUAUACGACAUUGACCUCCACGCCUACAUCGUGGUGGGAGACGGGAGGGCGUAUACGGCCAUCAGUGAGAUACCGGAGCCGGUGGGCUGGGCCCUGAUGCCGGUCGCACCGAUAGGAGAGCUGUUCGGAUGGCUGUUUGCUCUGGAGCUGCCCAAUAGCCAAGCAGGGUUCAAAGUCACAGGUGCUGAUUUCACUCGUCAUGCAGAGGUGAUCUUCUACCCUGGCAACCAGCACCUGUCAAUCAUUCAGACGGGGCGGGGCUUUGAUGACAACAACCACCUCACUGUGGACACUAAAAUCAGCGGCAACGUGCCCUUACUACCGCCCGGGUCAGAAGUUACCAUGGAACCCUUCAAGGAGACCUACCAGUACUACCCAUCCGUCGCCACCUCCACCUCUAUUAGACAGUUCUCAGUGGUGUCGGCAGACCGAGGUUCAGAGUCCUUCUCCUUCCAGCUGAAGCAGAACAUCACCUACCACAGCUGCCUUCACGACAACCGCGCUGCCUUAGAGACGCUGCAGAUCACCAUGGAGAGGGUGUUUGUGAUGUACGUCAAGGAGGAGCGCAUCCUUCGAUAUGCCAUCACCAACAAAAUCAGCCCAGUUGGAGCUGAGGGGACGGCGCUCGUCAACCCCUGCUACGCUGGGAACCACGACUGCGACACCACUGCCCAGUGCGUCCCGCUGGAGGGCCAGGACUUCCAGUGCAAGUGUGCUACUGGGUACAGAGGAGAUGGACGCAACUGCUACGACGUAGAUGAGUGUGCUGAGGGUCUGACCUCAUGCACUGCUCACGCCCAGUGCGUGAACCUGCCUGGUAGCUACCGCUGCCAGUGUCACGGUGGCUUCGAGUUCGGCUACGACGGACGCACGUGUGUCGACAUUGACGAGUGCAGCUCGUCCCCGUGUCACCCCAGCGCCAGGUGCAGCAACGCACUGGGAUCCUUCCAGUGUCAGUGCCAGCCCGGGUUUCACGGCGAUGGCUUUUCCUGCUCCCAGCAGGCCGGGCCGACGGUUCGUCCCAAGAGCCGGUGUGAGCAGCACAGGGACAGUCUGCAGAGCGGCGUCGGAGCCUUCGUCCCUCAGUGCGACUCUCACGGACGGUACCGUCCGCUGCAGUGUCACGGCUCCACUGGACACUGCUGGUGUGUAGACAGCAGUGGACAGGAGCGGGCGGGAACCAGGACUUCACCUGGCACAGCACCUAAAAACUGUGACUCCCCAGAUGAACCAAUACGCCCUAAAACCAACUGUGAGCACCACAGGGACCGUGUCCAGACCACAAGUCCGGAGGGAUUCCCAAUAGUUGGAGCCUUUGUGCCUGAGUGUGAUGAUAAUGGACAGUACAGAUCACUGCAGUGUCAUGGAUCUACUGGACACUGCUGGUGUGUGGACAGCACGGGAGAGGAGCGACCAGGAACUAGAACUCUUCCUGGGACACCACCCAUAGACUGUGACAGACCAGCGCGGCCCAAAACUCACUGUGAGCUCCAUAGAGACAGUGUCCAGACCACCAGUCCAGAGGGGUACCCCAUACGAGGAGUGUUCGUACCUCAGUGUGACGAUGACGGACAAUACACAGCUCAACAGUGUCAUGCCUCCACUGGACAUUGCUGGUGUGUGGACAGCAGGGGACAGGAGAGACCAGGAACCAGGACUCCACCUGGUUCAUCACCUGUAGACUGCAGCAGACCAGAUGAACCAACACGUCCCAAAACUCACUGUGAGCACCACAGAGACGGCAUCCAAACCACGAGCCCAGAUGGGUUCCCUAUAGUGGGAGCCUACGUACCUCAGUGUGACGACCAUGGACAGUACAUACAGCUGCAGUGCCACGGCUCCACUGGACAUUGCUGGUGUGUGGACAGCAGGGGACAGGAGAGACCCGGAACCAGGACUCCACCUGGUUCACCGACCGUAGACUGUAGCAGACCAGAUGAACCAAUACGUGAUAAAACUCCCUGUGAGCACCACAGAGACGGCGUCCAGACCACGAGCCCAGAUGGGUUCCCUAUAGUGGGAGCCUACGUACCUCAGUGUGACGACCGCGGAGAAUACAUACAGCUGCAGUGCCAUGGUUCUACUGGACAUUGCUGGUGUGUGGACAGCAGGGGACAGGAGAGACCCGGAACCAGGACUCCACCUGGUUCACCAACCGUAGACUGUAGCAGACCAGAUGAACCAGUACAUCCCAAAACUCACUGCGAGCACCACAGGGACGGUGUCCGGUCCACCAGUCCAGAGGGGUACCCUAUAGUGGGAGCCUAUGUGCCUCAGUGUGAUGCAGAAGGACAGUACCUGCCCCGACAGUGCCACGGCUCCACUGGACAUUGCUGGUGUGUGGACAGCAGGGGACAGGAGAGACCCGGAACCAGGACUCCACCUGGUUCAUCACCUGUGGACUGCAGCAGACCAGUUGUUGUGGCUCCAACGCAGCGACCGGAGAGUGUGUGCGAGCGGUGGAGGGCCAGUCUGAUAGAGCACUAUGGUGGAAGGCCAGAACCAAACCAGUACGUGCCGCAGUGUGAGGCAGAUGGACAGUUCAGUCCGGUCCAGUGUUACGGGGAGACCACCUACUGCUGGUGUGUGGACCAGGACGGGCGUGAGGUUCCCGGUACACGCUCGCACAGUGUCGUCAAACCUGCGUGCCUUCCUUCCGUGGCCCCGCCCACUGUGCAACCAUUGCCCCGCCCAGAUGUGACCCCUCCCACAAACACAGAGGUCACUCUGCUGUACGCUCAGGGACAGAAAAUAGGAGCGCUUCCCCUAAACGGAACCAGGCUGGAUGCGUCCCGCUCCAAAACCGUGCUGACACUGCAUGGUUCCAUAGUCGUUGGUAUAGCCUAUGAUUGCAAAGAGAACCAAGUCUACUGGACCGAUUUGUCUGCGAGAACAAUCAGCAGAGCUUCGUUGGCACCUGGAGCAGAGCCCGAGAUCCUAAUAAACACAAACCUGGUCAGUCCGGAGGGUUUGGCAGUGGACGUCAGGCGCAGGCUCAUGUUCUGGGUCGACUCGAACCCCGACGUGAUCGAAAGCUCCAACCUGGACGGCAGCGGGAGGCGGACGCUGUUCGACGAAGACCUGGUGAAUCCCCGGGCCAUCGUCGUGGUCUCUGCCACCGGAACUCUGUACUGGACUGACUGGAACAGAGACGCGCCCAAGAUCGAGAGCUCGUCCGUGGACGGUCACAACCGCAGGACUGUGGUGUCCAAUGGGAUCGGUUUACCAAACGCUCUGACGUACGACUCCUCGUCCGGUCAGAUCUGUUGGGCCGACGCAGGUACGAAGCGUUUAGAGUGCGUGUCCCCGGAUGGUUCCGGCCGCAGAGCCGUCCACUCGAGCCUGAACUACCCGUUCAGCAUGGUCUACUACAGCAGCCACUUCUACUACACAGACUGGAGGCGAGACGGCGUGAUCGCGGUGAGCAAACACAGCAGCCAGUUCACCGACGAGUACCUGCCCGAUCAGCGCUCUCACCUGUACGGCAUCACCAUAGCAACCGCCAGCUGUUUAUCAGGGAGCCACUAGCAGCAGAACGGCAGCCUCCGGGUCCUUUGGUGCUAAAGUCUUGGGGUGAUUCCUGAACGGAGAUGAAGGACCACCCUGCAGGAGCCCUCUCCAGCGUCCCUCGGAGGGGAGAGGACGACCAGUAGGGAGCAGACUGGCUUCCUAAAGCCAGGCUGAGCAGCAGAGAAAAUCCAUCUGCUUCACCCCCCACCCCCCCGCCUUAAAGAUGUAACCCCAAGUUAAAUGUUUUGUAAAUUUGUUUUAUACCUCAUUUUGUUUUGUACUGUAUUUUUGUAUUUUUUUAUGAUUAAAGUUACAGAACAAUGAAAUCUUAAUUUGUAAUAGAAAUCAGUGAAUAUUCUUUUUUUUGUUAAAGCCAAAGAACAUCAACAGGAGGAGCUUUAAAACUGUUUGAGCCAAAAGCUCUGUUGAGAGUUUAUAUUUCAGUGUUUGACCAGCAUUUCAAAUGUUUGAGCAUUUAGACGGGAUUCUGAGCAAAUAAACACGUUUUUGGGAAAUGUCGUUUUCUUGCUGAGUAAGAAUAAGAGCAGUGGACGUUUGGUAGCAUGUUGUAACAGCUUGCUGAGCUUGGUCCAAACAUACCAGCCUGUUAAACUAUUACUACAUGAAAGUGUGAAAACAUGAAGUGAUGAUUUUAAUCUUUAGGUCAUCUGCCAUUUCUUUUAGCUUUACUUUUUAUGCUGCACCGCUGGUUUCUAUGUUUGGAUGGGUGACAGUUGAUCACCUACACCUGCAUUCCCUAAAAUACCAAAUUAUAACAUGACACCUAAAGAAAAGGUGACUACACACAAUGAAGUGUAGUCAAUUAGUCCUGUCACAUCUCUCAACAACAGUAAUCAUGAUUAAAUUGCAAGACUAUUUUUACUGCCAAGAGCUGAUCUCUUAUUAAAUGUCCGCCCCACACACAAAAAACAGGAGCCAAACUCUGUUAAGCUGCAUUUAUGAGUUUUACCACACAGUAUUUAAUUUAAACCAUUUUAGCAGGACCAUUUCAUGAACAAAACAGAAAGAAAACCGUUUCAGCAUUUCAGAGUCUUCUCUGUCCGGCCUUUGUCUCUGUAGACGAUAAGAACUUGAGCAAAAAAAAAAUGGGCAAAUAUAAAUGCAACACGUUUCAUGGUUGCUGCUGUAAAUAAAAUGCUGCACUUAAAAUGUCAGUGUUUUCUCACAAUGCUCCUAGUUCCCAAUUAGAUCAGUUUGACGUCAUGCAAGAGAAAAAAAUGCAAACCAAUUUCUCAAAUCAAAAAUAAAAUAUAACUCCUGUG